AACUCGGAUCCAUGGCUGCGCUGGGCUGCGCGAGGCUGAGGUGGGCGCUGCUGGGGCCGCGAGUGGCCGGCUGUGGCCUCUGCCCACAAGGAGCCAGAGCCAAGGCCGCGAUCCCCACCGCCCUCCCCGCGGACGAAGCCGCCCAGGCUCCCGGAGCCGGGCCUGGGGACCGGCGGCGACGGCGGAGUCUGGAGGAGCUUCCGAGGUUAGGGCAGCUGCGUUUCUUCUAUCAGGCGUUCGUGCAAGGCUACUUGCUGCACCUGCACAAGCUCCAGGUGCUGAACAAGGCCAGGUAUGGUCCGAUGUGGGUGUCCUACCUGGGGCCCCAGUUGUUUGUGAACCUGGCCAGCGCCCCGCUCGUGGAGACGGUGAUGCGGCAAGAGGGCAAGUACCCGGUCCGGAAUGACAUGCAGCUGUGGAAGGAGCACCGCGACCACCAGGACCUGGCCUACGGGGUCUUCACCACGGACGGCCACGACUGGUACCAGCUGCGCCAGGCUCUGAACCAGCGCUUGCUGAAGCCAGCAGAGGCCGCACUCUACACUGAUGCUCUCAAUGAAGUGAUUGACAGCUUUGUGGUUCGACUGGACCAGCUGCGAGCAGAGAGCGCCUCGGGGGACCAGGUGCCCGACAUGGCUGACUUGCUCUACCACUUUGCUCUAGAAGCUAUUUGCUACAUCCUGUUCGAGAAACGUAUCGGUUGCCUGGAAGCAUCCAUCCCCAAGGACACGGAGAACUUCAUCAGAUCUGUAGGGCUCAUGUUCCAGAACUCAGUCUACGUCACCUUCCUCCCCAAGUGGACCCGCCCCCUGCUGCCCUUCUGGAAGCGCUACCUGGACGGCUGGGACACCAUCUUCUCCUUUGGGAAGAAUCUCAUUGAUCAGAAACUUCAGGAGGUGGUGGCCCAGCUGCAGUCAGCGGGGUCAGAUGGGGUCCAGGUAUCCGGCUACCUGCAUUCCCUGCUGACCAGUGGACAGCUGAGUCCCCGAGAGGCCCUGGGCAGCCUGCCCGAGCUCCUGCUGGCCGGAGUGGACACGACGUCCAACACGCUCACGUGGGCCCUAUACCACCUUUCAAAGAACCCAGAGAUCCAGGCGGCCUUGCGCAAGGAGGUGGUGGGUGUGGUGGCAGCCGGGCAGGUGCCGCAGCACAAGGACUUUGCCCACAUGCCCCUGCUCAAAGCGGUGCUGAAGGAGACCCUGCGUCUGUACCCGGUGAUCCCUGCAAACUCCCGCAUCAUCGUGGACAAGGAGAUCGAAGUCGGCGGCUUCCUCUUCCCCAAGAACACCCAGUUUGUGUUCUGCCAUUAUGUGACGUCCCGGGACCCCAGCACCUUCUCUGAGCCUGACACCUUCUGGCCCUACCGCUGGUUGAGGAAAGGCCAGCCCGAGACCUCUAAGACCCAGCACCCGUUUGGCUCUGUGCCCUUUGGCUACGGGGUCCGGGCCUGCCUCGGCCGCAGGAUAGCGGAACUAGAGAUGCAGCUGCUGCUGGCCAGGCUGAUCCAGCGGUAUGAGCUGAUGCUGGCGCCUGAGACGGGAGAGGUGCAGAGCGUGGCCCGCAUCGUCCUCGUUCCCAAUAAGAAGGUGGGCCUGCGCUUCCUGCCCACGCAGCGCUGAGCCAGACCCUGCCCUCGGGGGCUUGUCCCAGCCCCUGGCACCGUGGCUCCUGGCCACUGCCGUGUCUCAGGUGAGGAGGGAGAGAAGGGGCCGGAAGAUCCCAGGGCCCCUUCUCACAGAACCCCGAGCUUUGGCCACUUGGAUCCUUUGCAGCAGCUCCCACUCAGAUGCAAGGCCCCUCCCUCAGUGCAUUGCUGUCCUUGGCCACCGUAUGGAAUAAAGGACUUUUGUUAACUCCC